GAAAAACAUACAAAAUAAUACAUUUUCAGUUGCUCAUGUUAUCACCGAAUAGUAUUCAAAAUGUAACAGACGUGGCAACAGUCAUCAGUACGUGUGUGUUUUUGUUGCAGCCCGGAGUGGUUUCGUAAGCACGUCCACAUGGCUGCACAAACGUAGCGCGCCUAGGCAGAGCUAGACAUGUGGGGAACAUACUAAAAACAGCCUCUUUGUUGUUUAUGUUGUGUACAUGCUCAGAUACGAACAAAACAUAUUUAGCAACGUAUGCUGCUUUGUUCUGCCUGUGGUUGUUGCUUGCUGUGUUCCGCGAAGUGUCUUUUCUCAAUUGAACUAGUGGGGCAACACGAUUGAUAUACAGGCUUUUUAAAGCGAUGUCUGUUCAUUGCUAACUGAAGAGAAUGCAGCAGACCCUCGUCUUCUUGCGAAGGCCAGUCAUGUUUCUCCAGGAGGCUUGUUGCAGUGCCAGGAGGCUGCACCACUUGAGCCACUACUCCACCUUCCUGUGGACUCGGUGCCAGCGCAGCCCUGUGUGUGUGCCCACUCUAGCUCCAUUGCACUACUCCACCAUCCUGUGGACUCGGUGCCAGCACAGCCCUGUGUGUGUGCUGACUCCGGCUCCAUUGCACUCCCUCCCAUGCAGUGCCUGGCUCUACAGCACCCGGAGGAGCUUUAAAAAGGGCCUCAAGUCAUCCCUGGACUGCUCUGUCCCUCCAGUGAGUGUGACUGAAAUCAGGCAGUACCUGCGCUCGAAGGACAUCCCAUUUCAUGAUGGUUACAGCUGCCUGCACACCCCUAGCCUCUUCAAGGAGCGAGCGAGUGACUCCGCUGUCACAGAGAAGGAAAGCUUCUCCCUUUUUGUUGACAAAACCACGGGCCGUUUCCUGUGCAAGGAGACCCUUGUGGAAGGGAGCUGGGAGGACUUUCAGGACUGUGUGGAGGUGAUGCAGAAGGAGAGGCAAGGAUCCCUCAGUCCGGAAGUCCUGUUGGGCUAUCCUGACAGUGACACGGAGCUGGAUGAGAAGGAGAUGGACCGCCGGGAGAUCCAGAGGAUCUGGUCCAGCUCAGUCCCCUUCUCAGACCUUCUUGAAGAUGAUGCCCAGCUGGUGAAAGUCAUGUUUGGCAUGGGGAAGAUCUCCAGCACCACCCUGAAGAAGUUUGGUGUGAGGUUCUUCAAGCCCACCAAAAGCCUGGUUUUGCCCUGGUUCAGCGGCCGGGAUUCCAGCCUAAGGGGGUUGAAGCUGCUGUCUGCUGAGUGCAAGGGUGAAGACCAGGUCAUCUACAAGGAUGUCACUUUUCCCAAGCCUGGUCUCUACCAUAAUCUCUUCGGUCUUCAGUUGAUUGGCCGCAAAGACACUGAGGUGGUGCUGACCGGCCGGGAGGUGGAUACCUUGGCAGUCAGCCAGGCCACAGGGCUACCCAGUGUGGCCCUGCCCCGAGGGGUGAGCUGCCUCCCUCCGGUCCUCCUACCUUUCCUGGAGCAGUUCAAGAGGGUCACGCUCUGGCUGGGAGGGGACCUGCGCUCCUGGGAGGCCUCCAAGAUCUUUGCCAGGAAACUGGGUUUAAAGCGCUGCUCCCUGAUCCGGCCCGGGGAGACCCAACCUUGCCCCAGCGAUGCCCUGGCCAAGGGGAUGAACCUCAACAAGAUCCUUAAGGCCUCCAUCCCUGCUGCCCACAAGUCCAUCAUCUCCUUCCGACAGCUCAGAGAGGACGUGUUCGGAGAGCUGGCCAACAAGGAGCAGGUGGCCGGAGUGAAAUGGUCAAGGUUUCCCGAACUGAACAAGAUUCUCAAAGGCCAUCGGAAAGGGGAGCUGACUGUACUCACAGGACCCACGGGCAGCGGGAAGACGACCUUCAUCAGCGAGAGCGCUCUGGACCUGUGCAUGCAGGGUGUGAACACGCUGUGGGGGAGCUUUGAGAUCAACAACGUGCGGCUGGCCAAGAUCAUGCUGACGCAGUUCAGCCAGCAGAGGCUGGAGGAGAGCCUGGACCAGUACGAGGAGUGGGCAGACCAGUUUGAGGAACUGCCCCUCUACUUCAUGACCUUCCAUGGGCAGCAAAACAUCAAGACUGUGAUUGACACCAUGCAGCAUGCUGUGUAUUUGUAUGACAUCAGCCAUGUGGUGAUUGAUAACCUGCAGUUCAUGAUGGGCCAGGAGAAUCUGUCCGUGGAUAAGUUUGCUGUGCAGGAUCACAUCAUCAGCACCUUCAGGAAGUUUGCCACAGGCAGCAGUUGUCACGUGACCCUGAUAAUCCACCCCAGGAAAGAGGAAGAUGACAAGGAGCUGCAGACAGCCUCCAUAUUCGGGACUGCCAAGGCCAGCCAAGAGGCAGACAACGUGCUGAUCCUGCAGGAGAAGAAGCUGGUGUCCAGCCAGGGGAGGAGGUCCCUGCAGGUGGCAAAGAACCGCUUUGAUGGAGAUGUGGGCAUCUUCCCCUUGGAGUUCAACAAGACCUCCCUGACCUUCUCCACACCCAAGAGCAAGACCAAACUGCGCAAAGUCAAAGGGGACACAGCAGAGAAACCAGUGAAGACACUGUCCAGUGCUGGGAGAACCCCUUCAGAGGAGGGGGCCAAGAAGAAGAAGUAGGGAGUGGGCUGUUUAAAAUCUCCACACAAGAGAGAGCUCUUAUCAUGAGGAAGUAGGGAGUGGACUGUUUAAAAUCUCCACACAGGAGAGAGCUCUUAUCGUGAGGAAGUAGGGAGUGGACUGUUUAAAAUCUCCACACAGGAGAGAGCUCUUAUCAUGAAGAAGUAGGGAGUGGACUGUUUAAAAUCUCCACACAGGAGAGAGCUCUUGUCAUGACUGUAUUCUAGCACAUAGCAGCAGUCAGUAAAAUAAGUCAGAUGAUUCUGUACUGCCUGUGAGUUGCUGUUUGUAAUUGCAGGGGAAACAUGAGACUGCGCCCUUGUAAGCUCCUUCUGUUUGUUUUUGAUUGGAUGGCAUUGUAACAAAGAUGCGAGUGAGUGCCCUGAAUCAAGUGAUUCAAGGGACAGAAGGACGUGCUCGAUUAGAACCAUCCCAUUGGCUGCUUUCAUGAUUUGUACAUUUCGAGAUGAGUUGAAGUCACAUUCUGUAGGUCUCUGUUCUGCUGUACUGGAAUGCAUCAAAUCAGCAGCACAUUAGCAGUAGGGCAAUGUGUGUUUGACAGAAACAAUACUGUGAAAAAAAAGUUUUACUUUAUAGUCCUCAUUUUUAUACCACUUAACAUUUAUAUUAUCAUGUUGAAGAAAUUGUUACCUGAAGUAUUUGUAAUUUUAAUAAUAAUAAUAAUAAUAAUAAAAAUACAUUCAACUGACGUUUUGCACUGGUUGCAAUCUUAGAGUUCUCCACAAGGGGUCAGUAAUGGAGCGUGGUUUGAAUCAGAUGGGUGUUCAGUGUUCCUGCACAGGACAGGUCUGGAUAAUGAAUUGAGGAGAGGGGAGCUGGGUGGAUUUUGAAAGGAUGUAGAAUAGAUCAGAGGAGUUGAUGGGGUGAUAAUGAGAAACACUGGUAAGUAGAUUUUAUGAGGAUUACAAUUUAAUACUUAUUACAAUACAUGUUGCUUAUUUGAUGAUUUAUGUAAUCCAGAAUAUAAAAUGAUUAUGUUAGGACCCCACCCUGAAAUACGCCCCCAUCUAGAUCAUGUUCUGGGUGGGGUUUCCUAGCGAAUUACCCCAUAAUCACAAUGCAGAACGUUCACUUUACCCAAACCCGAUCAUCUGAACACACAAGCAGCGAGCAGCAACGUCACGGUGUGCGUCGGUCUUCUAAUGAAAGCUGCCGGACCUACGCCAUGCACAACAGAAUACAAUAAUACAUCAAAUAGCAACCCUAAUAUUCUACAUUUAAUUAACCCCAGCUGGAUGGGGUGGACCAGGUCUAGAUGGGGGCGUGUUUCAGUGUUGCAGCUGGAUGGGGUGGACCUGAUCUAGAUGGGGGCAUGUUUCGGUGUUGCACCUGGAUGGGGUGGACCCGAUCUAGAUGGGGGCAUGUUUCAGUGUUGCAGCUGGAUGGGGUGGACCCGAUCUAGAUGGGGGUGUGUUUCAGUGUUGCAGCUUGAUGGGGGCGUGUUUCAGUGUUGCAGCUGGAUGGGGUGGACCUGAUCUAGAUGGGGGCGUGUUUCAGUGUUGCAGCUGGAUGGGGUGGACCUGAUCUAGAUGGGGGUGUGUUUCAGUGUUGCAGCUGGAUGGGGUGGACCCGAUCUAGAUGGGGGUGUGUUUCAGUGUUACAGCUGGAUGGGGUGGACCUGAUCUAGAUGGGGGUGUGUUUCAGUGUUGCAGCUGGAUGGGGUGGACCCGAUCUAGAUGGGGGUGUGUUUCAGUGUUGCAGCUGGAUGGGGUGGACCCGAUCUAGAUGGGGGCGUGUUUCAGUGUUGCAGCCUGAUGGGGUGGACUCGAUCUAGAUGGGGGCGUGUUUCAGGGUUGAGGUCCUAACGGUUACACUGGAGCACACUUUCCUGGAUGUGUUUCUUGUGCAGGAGUGCUCGUGGGUGUCUCGUUCACAUUGCUGUUUGUAAAUUAGUUAUAAUCACAUAAGUAAGGUCAAUGGGGUGGUUGUCUAGGGACACCUUUAUACUGAUUGAAUGCAUUUACUUCAGUGAAGCAAUGAGUUUCACAGCCAUUUUAUGAACUAGAGCAGGAGUGUUAAGCCUGGUCCUGAGAGCUGUAGGGCCUUCUGGAUUUCCUUUCACCCGAGUUCUCAAUAGAACCAAUUAUUUUCUUAGUUGCUCAACACUAACAUUUUGCCAGGUCUUCAGCCAUUGAUGAUUUUAAAGACACCCAGACAACCUGCAGGAUUGUGGCUCUCCAGGACCAGCCUUGGCCACCCCUGAACUAGAGCCAUUUAAAAAGGCCCAGGCAAACUUCCACAGAAAAAUGGGAAGCCACUGGAGAAAGACAAGGAGUUCUCCCUCCUAUCCAGGUACUGCUGCACACAAGAGCACAAUGAAGCAGCAUUGAAACACGUGAAUACUGUCAGUCUUAAAAGUGUACGUACAGGUUAGGGAUUGACCAGGGUUGGGCUUAAUUCCUGUUUUUCAAUGUCAAUUUCCAAUUCCUAUUCCCUUUUAAUCAAUUCUAACACACCAUUGCUCAAAAUUGAAAUUAGCAGAAUGUGAAUACAUGAGCUUCUCAGAGUGGCAACACAUUAUUCAAUUCCAGUCACUGUCAGUCAAUGAAACUGGCUUUAAAUGAAAGCAGCUGAACAAUCACAACAAUUAUUAUGGCUCUAAAAUAUCAAUUCCAAUUCCUUUGAAGAAAGUGGAAUUGGGAAUUGAUUUUAAAAAGGUAUUGCAAAUGGAACUGGGAUGAAAAACCAGGAAUUGACCCGACCCCGGUGUUGCUGGAAACAUGCAGGUAAUCUC